AUGGCAGGCACCUGCAAGCAGUGGAGCGUGAUGGGCCAUGACGGCACAAAUUCGCUUCAUUGCGGCCAAGUGCUUGUUCAGGAUAGGACAUUCCACACCAUUCAUGGAAUGGCAACCCGGACUGACAUUGUAGUGCACUAUCCGUUCGAUCUGAAGCCCAAUGUUGUGCCUGGAUCAGACGGCGCGGGCACAGUAAUGGCAGUCGGAAAGCAUGGCUUGAUGGCCGGCUCGAUGACUGCAAAAACAGCCAGAACUGGACUCGGAGGCUCUUUGGAUGGCACACUGCAUACUCAUGGCGUGUUUGAUGAGCAGGGUUUGACGGCCUGGAAUGCGUUGUUUGGAAUGGUGGGAAAGUCAUUCUCCGCUGGGCAAUGGCUCUUGACGUGCAAGGUGAUUGCCACAACCAGCUCGAACGAGAAAGCCGAGCUACUGAAGAAGCUGGGUGCUGACCACGUUCUCAACUACCGCACGAGCAACGACUGCGGUGACAUUGCCAAGAGCUUGACGGGAGGAGAAGGCGUCGAUCUCGUGAUCGAAGCGGGUGGCCCUACUACUCUGGCGCAAAUCGUUCAAAGUGUCAAGCUUGAUGGCACGAUCAGCAUUGUAGGAUCCGUGGGCGGGCAGAGUCUGUUCACUGCGCGUGGUGUAUGGGUUGGUAGUCGUACUCAGAUGGAAGACAUGUGCAAAUUGAUCGCGGCGAGCCCGGACAGCCUGAAGCCAGUGGUCGACGACAAGAUUUUCUCCUUGGACCAGGUGAAGGAAGCUUAUGCAUAUCUUGGGUCGGGACAGCACAUAGGCAAGGUAUGCGUGCAGAUUGUCUAG